AUGCGGCGACUGAACAUUUCGCAGCUGCCGCCCGAUCAGGAAACCGGUCGCUGUGGUAUUAUCCGAACAGUUCUCGGCAAGGGUCUCACGGAGUGGCGCAACCAUGUAAAGACUCAGAUUACCAUGUCCAUCAAGUCCGAUUCCAUCUGCAACAUCACCGCACUCACCCACACGUGCAUCAAGACUUGUAGUGCACGCCCGACGAUGGCGCUGUACAUCAGGCUCACAUACAUUAUAAGACACCUAUCCAGUUCGCGGUUCAUUCUCGUCAAGUUCUCGGGUCUCAAAGAGGACGAAUUCUGGACUAAGGUGGAUUCGUCGACGAAAGAAAUUCGCAAGAAAUGCAAGACGCUGGGCGCAAUCCGCGAUGCUUACCAGGCGGUCUACAACAACGACAGGAUCACAUAUGGAGAGCCCGACAAUUCGACAUAUCCGCUCACUGCGGCCAGCGCGCUGCCUGUGUUCGUUCAAGACCUCAACACCGCUUUGGAGAGCCGAGUGCAGGAUUGA